GUGUUGGUCCACUGUUGAUCUGUUACAAGACACAAAACCCACUUGUUUGCUUUUUAAGAUUAUAAUCCUCUUGUUCUAGAUACUUCACUCCAAUCAAGAUCCAAAGAUCUCAUUUUUCUUCAUACCCAUCACUUCUUCUUCUUCUUCAUAAUCGUGUUCUUGUUGAGGAAUAGGUAAUCAUUACAAAAUGAGUGAUCCUACAGCAGAAGAUCAACAGACCCAUAAAAGAAUUUGCGAUUUCUGCAGCGAUUCCGUGGCGAUCUUAUUCUGCAGAGCGGACGCAGCCAAUCUCUGUCUCUCAUGUGACCGAGAAGUCCAUUCUACAAAUCCUCUAUUCACAAAGCAUACGCGAUGGCAGAUCUGCGAUUCAUGCGAUUCAACUCCAGCCACCAUUCUCUGUUCCACAGAGAAUACCGUCCUCUGCCAGAAUUGCGAUUGGGAAACGCAUAACAACUCUUCUCUCCACGAACGUAGACCUAUCGAGGGUUUUUCUGGCUGCCCUUCCGUCACUGAGUUGUCAACUGUAAUUAUGGGGUUUGAUUUUGAUAGUAUUAGCAAGAAAGAUCUCUUCUUGGAAGAAAAAGAAAAAGAACAAGAACAUGGAUUCGGAUUUGGAUUUGGAUACAGGGUCGAAUCGGAUCAGGAAUUUUCUGUUUGGGACACUCCUCCAAUUAUCAGUUUGGAUGAUUUAAUGUUGUCAAACAACUCUGCCCAUAAUUUUCAGGCUAUGGGUGUUCCUCCUCUUCCUAAGAACCGUAAAGCUGCUUGUGGACGGUAUAAGGACGAAAUAGUUCGACAGCUUAGAAAAAUGGCAGAAUCUGAACCUAACUUGAAUGACCAUAUCAGUUGGGAUGAUAAUGAACCCUUUUUCGAUUACAAAGAACUAUUUGCUGACCAAGAAGAUCCAAACCCAAUUAUUCUCAACUCUGAGGCUGGUGAGAUUGGGUUAUGUAAUGAAAAGUUGGAGAUUGGAAAUAAAGAAUUGUGUGAUCAUCUUGUUCCUAAUAGAGAUUCAGAUGCCAUUGAUGUUGUUCCUGCUGCUGUUAGGGAAAUGACAGCACAAGAACGAGAUUCUGCAAUAUCAAGAUACAAAGAGAAGAAGAAGAUGAGAAGAUAUGAUAAGCAUGUGAGGUAUGAAUCAAGAAAGGUUCGGGCAGAAGCUAGAACAAGAGUCAGAGGUCGGUUUGCUAAGACGACUGGUCAGUAACAAACAUCAAGUUCGGUUCUGGAUCCAGACAUUGCUAGUACUCACUUAUCUAUAAUCAAAUCUCUUCUUGUUUUGAAAUAAACCACUUAUUGCAUUCCAAUCAAAAUUUGUUAUGUUCUUAUUAUGAUAGUCUAUUGACAUUU